CUCACAAAUUCGCUUCAACAAAGCAAAAUACAGCCAGAAACUAGUCUUUGAAUUCCAAAAUAUCCCAUUUCCACUUUCAUUUCAAUCACCUCCCAAAAGCGUAGAAAAAAGAGAAAUAUGAGUUCUUCAACAAGAGCUUGGAUGGCAGCUGCUAGCAUUGGAGCUGUUGAGGCCUUAAAAGAUCAAGGAAUUUGUAGAUGGAAUUAUGGUCUAAGGUCAAUUCAACAGCAUGUCAAGAACAAUAUCAGAUCAUCUUCUCAAGCUAAGAAAGUUUCUGUUCCAUCUUCUUCUGCUUUGGCUAAGAAACUGAGGGAUGAUGAUAAGUUGAAGAAGUCAGAGGAAGCACUUAGAACUGUCAUGUAUUUGAGCUGUUGGGGUCCAAAUUAAG